UGUUUUUAAUAUGUAUCGGCGGGGCGGGACAAAGGCAGACGGAAGUGUUCUGUGUUGUUGCCGGAAGUGGCGAGGGAAAGUUUGUGAUGGCGGCUGCAAUUUUAGCCGAAAAGGUGCCGGUGGACAGCGCGGAGGAGGGGGAGCAGCCCCUGGCGACGGCAGCGGAGCUGGCCGCGCAGAAGCGCGAACAGAGGCUUCGCAAAUUCCGGGAGCUGCACCUGAAGCGGAAUGAGGCUCGUAAAUUGAAUCACCAAGAAGUUGUUGAAGAAGAUAAAAGACUCAAGUUACCUGCUAACUGGGAAGCCAGAAAGGCCCGUCUGGAAUGGGAACUGCAGGAAGAAGAAAAGAAGAAGGAAUGUGCCGCAAGAGGGGAAGACUAUGAGAAAGUGAAGCUGCUGGAGAUCAGUGCGGAAGACGCGGAAAGAUGGGAGAGGAAAAAGAAGAGGAAAAACCCUGACCUGGGGUUCUCAGAUUAUGCUGCUGCCCAGUUACGUCAAUAUCAUCGGCUGACCAAACAGAUCAAACCUGACAUGGAAUCGUAUGAGAGACUCAGAGAAAAACAUGGAGAAGAGUUUUUCCCAACAUCCAACAGUCUUCUUCACGGAACACACGUGCCUUCCACAGAGGAGGUUGAUAGGAUGGUCACAGAUCUGGAAAAGCAAAUCGAAAAACGAGACAAAUACAGCCGGAGACGUCCUUAUAACGACGAUGCAGACAUCGACUACAUUAAUGAAAGGAAUGCUAAAUUCAACAAGAAAGCAGAAAGAUUCUAUGGGAAAUAUACGGCUGAAAUUAAACAGAAUUUGGAAAGAGGAACAGCGGUCUAAUCCCUUCAGGAACUGUUAGGAACUGCUUUUAAAAGCUUGACAAUGCUGGCAAAUUGAAGUUCUCUUCAAAGUUUUAUCAGGAAACCAGCAGUCAUUCUACGAUGCCUUCCUCAUCAGCAUUUGGAAAUAAAUGUUUUUCUUAAACAUAUACUUCCAUGUAUAUUCCCCUAUUUCUGUGCUUGGAUAGAAGAUGCAUUUUAAGAUGUAGUGUACUUGGUCUGUAAAAAUCUACUUUGUAUAAAUACUAAUUAUUUUUCUAUGUA